AUGGUGUCUUCACCGUCUUUCUGUCUUUUGUGCAUCUUCUUGGGAGAAAUGGCUCAGAGAACAGAUUCACAAAUGUUCUUGUCUGUUCCUCAAGAGACACGUUUCAUAUCAGCUGAAGUUGGUGGAAAGGUGACAUUAAAAUGUUUCCAUGAUGCUCACAUUACUGCAAGAGUUUUCUGGUAUAAGCACACACUGGGACAGAAACCAAAGUCAGUCUCUUUAUUCUUCAAAUAUAAUUCGAACAACUCUUUUGAUGAAGAGUUCAGGAACAAUCCACGCUUCACGCUGGAUACAGAAAAUGGCAAAAAUGAUCUGACAAUCAGAGAUUUGCGUAUUUCAGACUCAGCUACUUAUUACUGUAUUCAGUAUUUAUACACAUUAACAUUUUUAGAGAACAUCAUCAUCAGUGUAAAAGGUUCAGGUAUGAACAUCAAAACUGUGGUUGAGCAGCCCACAUCUGAGACCCUCCAGCCAGGAGGCUCAGUGACUCUGAACUGUACAGUUCACACUGGGACCUGUGAUGGAGAACACAGUGUUUACUGGUUCAAACGCUCCAGCGAAUCCCAUCCAGGACUCAUUUACACCCAUGCAGGCAGGAAUGAUCAGUGUGAGAGGAAACCUGGCACACAAACAAACACCUGUGUCUACAACCUGCCGAUGAAUAACCUGAAUGUUUCUCAUGCUGGGACCUACUACUGUGCUGUUGCCUCAUGUGGACACAUACUGUUUGGAAACGGGACCAAACUGGACUUUGAAGACAAUGUUGGAGCCUCUUUCUCACCUUUCUGGAGCAGUGCCUUUGCAUUCACCUCCAUCCUGAGUCUAUUGCUGGCUUUCUCAGUGUGUAUGAUGGGCCAGAAGUGCAGCUGUAAAUCUUCAGAGGGUUUUGAAAAGGGAGUAAAGCUCUUUUCUGAUGCCUCACAUGUCAACUUGAGCAACAGAUCAAGAAGUCAGCGGGAUCACACCUGGAGUGAAUGUGUGUACUACAGUGUAAAGCAGUAG